AUGCUCGGCGCUUGUGAUGAUGCCGAUACGGCGUGUGAUUUGCUGCUGUUAUACAUCGCCCGGAUCAACUUCGGACCGGGAAAUUUCAUUCUCUCCGAAUCUUGCUCCGUGUAUGUUGUUGCUAUACAGCAGAUUGACAUAUUGACGGCAGCUUCUACACUGGGAUUUUGCCCAGACAACCAAAAACCCCCGCAAUCCCUCAGGCCUCGGAGGUCAAUUGAACCCAUCACAAUGUCCCUCGUUCACCUCGCCCACGUCUGCUCGCAUUUGAACAAUGCCACCAAGGCCCGUCUCGGUCUCACAUCGAUUCCCAACACAAAACUGCAUCUGAGUCUUUCACUCGCCCUCCAGAACGAUGGCUUUGUCUCCUCCGUUGUCCGCGGCGGAAAGACACCUCCCCCGCCGCAUCUCCUCUUGGGUACCCCGGCCGUCAACGAUCCAGUUCAAGAACUAGAGCCUGUGACACAGAAAAAUAUUGCCUCGAGACGACUAUGGCUGGGACUGAAGUACUGGCAAAGUGAGUCGGUGUUGGGCAAGAUGGUUCCGAUCAGCAAGCCCACCCGGAGAAUCAACCUGGACCUUCGGGCACUCCGCCGGGUGGUCAAUGGAGAGACGAGUGACUAUGUUGAGGGAAUUCGGUCGCCUGGAGAGUCCCUCUACCUGUCGACAGAUCGGGGAAUUAUGGAAGCAAGAGAAUGUGUGGAGAAGAAGGUCGGUGGAUUGGUGCUUUGCAGAGUGCUCUAA